AUGGUGUUUCCCCGCGAUGGGCCCCACCGACAGGAGUAUGAAAGCGUAUCCAGAAACUACAAGGGCAACGCAAUCCGAACUACCAAAUACACACUGCUGACUUUCAUUCCCAUGAAUCUGUUCCAGCAGUUUUGCAGAUGUGAUCCCAGCUCAAACUGCCCACUGACAUCCUGAAAUAUCACAGGCUCCAGGAUCCAGGAAACUCUCCCUGCUGCUGCUUUCUUAUGAGUUGGAUGAACCCAGAAACUCUGUUUCUUCCAUCUCUUGUUUAGAAGCAUCAGGACCUCAUUACAUCAUCGCUUGAUGUUACCUCAUUUUUUCACAGUGCAUUUUAUGAGGGCGAUUUAUUUGCAAAAAUGCAAUGAGUGCAUUCUGUUUUUAUUCAUAAUGAAUCUGAAUGUGUGCCCAGUUUAUGAGCCACCUUUGUUUCCACAUUUAUACAGCCAGUGUAUCCUUAAGGAUAUUGCCAUUAGAGGCAGAUCUAAAUCUGUAGACUGAGUAAUUUGAGGAGAAAGUAUUGGUUGGUUUACAAGAAAGAAAUACCAUUUCUAGUUUCGCUCAGUACUCACUCUUUUGAAGACCACAGUUUUCAUGACUCCAUUUAAUAUUUGUUGAGAUAUUUCAGUUUGGACUAUUGCUGUAUCAAUUUGCUUAACAGACAGAACUGGUAUUACAGUACACCAUGACAAUUGGUCACAUGGCACUUGGCUUCACUUCCACAGUGAAUACAUUUUGUGGUUUCUGUGUACAAAUUUGUCCUUCUGUUCCUGCUUUUGUAGGGCUGCAAACCUCUAUUUCCUGUUCCUGGCACUGCUAAACUGGGUGCCAGUUGUUGAAGCCUUUCAGAAGGAAAUUACUAUGAUUCCUCUGCUGGUGGUUCUCACAGUUAUCGCCAUCAAAGAUGCCCUGGAGGACUACAGACGCUACUUGUUUGACAAGAAGGUUAACAACAAUAUAGUGCAGGUGUUCAGCGGCACACAGAAAAACUACAUUGACCAGUGCUGGAAAAAUGUACGAGUUGGAGACUUUGUCCGUUUGUCCUGUAACGAAAUCAUCCCAGCGGACAUGUUGCUGCUGUAUUCCUCUGACCCUCAUGGGGUUUGUUACAUUGAAACUGCCAACCUAGAUGGGGAGACCAACCUGAAACAGAGACAAGUGGUUUCAGACCUCCCACUGCAGGGAGAAGAGUUCAUCCCUGAGAGCUUCCACAGUCGUAUUGAGUGCGAGAACCCCAACAAUGAUCUCAGCAGGUUUCGAGGUUACAUGGAGCACUCCAAUGGGGUUCGUGUAGGUCUCCAUAGUAACAACCUCUUGCUGAGGAGCUGCACCAUCCGCAACACUGAAACUGUGAUUGGCAUCGUGGUCUAUGCUGGUCAUGAGACUAAGGCCAUGAUGAACAACAGUGGGCCAAGGUAUAAGCGCAGUAAGCUGGAGAAGCAUCUGAACACAGACAUCCUUUGGUGUGUGGUCCUACUCGUCAUCAUGUGCCUGACUUCAGCUGUAGGCCAUGGCCUCUGGCUGAGCAAGCUUGAAGACCCCAUCUUUCAGGUGGAUGGUGAGACGUCUCCUGCCCUGGCUGGAUUCUAUAUAUUCUGGACUAUGGUCAUUGUGCUGCAGGUGCUGAUCCCCAUUUCUCUGUACGUGUCCAUUGAGAUUGUGAAACUAGGCCAGAUCUACUUCAUCCACAAUGACCUAUCCCUGUACAAUGAAGAGCUUGACUCUAGGAUCCAGUGCCGGGCUCUCAACAUUACUGAGGACCUGGGUCAGAUUCAAUACCUGUUCUCUGAUAAAACAGGAACACUGACAGAAAAUAAGAUGGUGUUUCGCCGCUGCAGCAUCUAUGGAGUUGAAUAUCCUCAUGAGGAAAAUGCUCGGAGGCUUGAGGUAUACGAGUCAGAAAACACAGAGACAGCUGUUCGUCCUGUGACAUUGAAGGCGGGCUACAGUGGGAAGUCUCUGAGCUGUCACUCUCUGAGCUGCAACCGCAGCUCUGUGUCUCUGCAUACGCUCACUACUGAGUCAGUGGAGGAGGAUCAGCUGUCCAGUCACAUCCAGCCCAGGACCAGCGCCUUCUGCAGCCGCAUGGCAAAGGAGGUGGUCCCAGACCCUGCACUGGUCAGGAAACUGAACUGGCUUGCAAACGGCUGCUCGUCUGAGACUCUUCCGAGCCUGGAGCUCACUUCCAUCACUGACUUCUUCCUGGCUCUGGCCAUCUGUAACAGUGUGGUGGUUUCUUCACCCAGCCAGUCUCCACAUGUGAUACCUGAAGCACGAACACCUCUGAAGUCCCUGGAGGAAAUUAAGUUGAUGUUCCAGCGUCUCAGUUUCUCCUCCUUCUCCCGUUCCCAAAUCAAAGGCAGUCCGAGCUUCAAAAGCAGGCUGUUUAUGAGGGGGAAGACGGGCUCCCUCACUGUCUCCACUGCCCUGAGCAACACCACAGACCUGUCAGGCUCAGGCCAGGAAAACAGCUUCAUCCCCAAACUAGACUUAUCUGCCAGAGAGGAGGACGAGCACGCUGGGCAGGUAGGGGACCAAGAGACAGAGGAUGCCUUAAGGGAUACACAGAUAAACCCUGAUGGGGCAAGACAUGGUGUGGAGGACCUGAGCAGGCAAGUGAAACCUGUUGGGGAGACUAAUGAUGAACUGCUGUAUGAGGCAGAGAGUCCAGAUGAGGCAGCUCUGGUCCAUGCAGCACGGGCAUACCGCUGCACCCUGAGGGCUCGCUCUCCAGACAGCCUGCUUGUGGAUCUGCCAGGAAUCGGCUCUCUGAAUAUCCAGCUGCUCCACAUUCUGCCCUUUGACUCCAACAGAAAAAGGAUGUCUGUAGUGGUCCGCCACCCACUCACAGGACAGGUGGUGGUUUAUACCAAGGGUGCAGACUCAGUCAUCAUGGACCUGGCUGAAAGCCCUACAGAUCAGGCAGCGGAGAUCUACAACCCCAUCAGAGAACAAACCCAGAAACAUCUGGAUGCUUACGCACGAGAAGGCCUCCGCACACUCUGCAUUGCUAAAAAGGUUCUAAAGGAGGAGGAGUACGACGUGUGGCUGAAUACACACGUGCUGGCAGAGAGCAGCAUAGAGAACAGAGAGGAGCUGCUGCUGGAGUCAGCUCAGAGACUUGAGACCAACCUCACUCUGUUGGGUACCACAGGGAUUGUAGACAGAUUGCAGGAGGAGGUCCCAGAGACUAUCAAUGCUCUUCAGAGGGCAGGGAUCAAAGUCUGGGUUCUCACUGGAGACAAACAGGAGACAGCCAUCAACAUCGCCUAUGCCUGCAAACUUCUGUGUGCCAGUGACCAACUGCUGACUGCAAACUGUGGAAGCAAGGAUGCCUGUGCAACUUUACUUGAGGAGCUCGUACUAGAGGUUCAGUGUGGGGAGAGUUUGACUGGCUUGACUGGAAAUGGGGAAUCUUUCUCUGGCAGCUUCAUCCUGGUCAUAGAUGGCCGGACACUGGCCUGGGCCCUGGAGGAUGAACUGAGGAGCAACUUCCUGGAGCUCAGCCGGAGAUGCAAGGCAGUGAUCUGCUGCCGUUCCACUCCACUGCAGAAAAGCCAAGUGGUCCAUCUGAUCCGGGACCAGCUUGGUGUCAUGACCCUGGCUGUGGGUGAUGGAGCCAAUGAUGUAAGCAUGAUUCAGGUGGCUGAUGUGGGCAUUGGGAUAUCUGGUCAGGAGGGAAUGCAGGCUGUGAUGUCCAGCGACUUUGCCAUUUCGAGGUUUAAGCACCUCACUAAGCUGCUGCUGGUGCAUGGCCACUGGUGUUACUCCCGUCUUGCAAACAUGAUUCUAUACUUCAUCUAUAAGAAUGUGAUGUACGUGAAUCUGCUGUUCUGGUAUCAGUUCUUCUGUGGGUUUUCUGGGAGUGUCAUGACCAACGCCUGGGUGCUCAUUCUCUUCAAUCUGAUCUUUACGUCAGCUCCUCCACUCAUUUACGGUGUCCUGGACCAAGACGUACCUGCUGACACCCUGAUGGAGCUGCCUGAGCUCUACCAGGAUGUGCCAACUUUCAAGGUGUAUGUUCCAUACAUGUUCUGGAUCACAGUCCUGGACGCGUUUUACCAAAGCCUUGUUUGCUUUUUUGUGCCCUACUUUGCGUAUGCAGGAUCAGAUGUUGGGGUGCUGUCCUUCGGCUCACCGAUCAAUGCCUCAGCACUGUUCAUUAUUCUGCUGCACCAAGUGAUCGAGAGCAACACACUGACAUGGAUUCAUGUGCUCGUGUUGGUGCUCAGCAGUGCUCUCUACUUCGGCUUUGUGCUGCUCUUCAGUGGCUUCUGUGUGACCUGCAGCCCCCCCACCAACCCCCUGGGGGUUGAAACAUUCCAAAUGUCCCAACCUCUCUUCUAUAUCAUAUGUGCCCUCACCACUGUGACAGCUCUGUUACCCAGGCUGUUUGUUCGAGCGUUGUACAACACAUUACACCCGUCUGCAGAUCUGAAAUCAGCUCAUAUGGGUGAAGUGGAGUCUGAACAUUACCGCAGGAGACUGAAGCGCUGGAACGUGACCCACUCCAAAGCCAGCAGGCUCCCGGUGGGAGCCGACAACCCCAGCCUGGAGCCCAGCUUAGCGUGAGAGGUGCCUGGACCUGCGUACAGACAGGAGAGAGCUGCACAGAAGCUUUGUGCCCGUGCACGGUCUGCAGAGAAACGUGCACCUGAAACCUGAACAAAGAUGUGCUGCGUUCAAGUGUAGGUCAGCCAGAAGCUUGGGUUCAAUCAGAGAUUACACAUGGAUGUUAACAUUCAAAGAACUGUUUGAAAAUAAUUAGCUGCAUUUUGUGCAGCAUGCUUUUACCAGAUGAAGUCUGUGAAAUUAAAACAUCAAUCUGGGUCACUCAGUAUCUGUUUAAAAAUCACACCAAAUGUGACAAAACGAUUUUUUUAAGGAUGAAAUCUUUUCUUGAAAAUCCCCAAAUCUUUAAAUUAUUAAUCUUCUGACAUUUGUGAUACAUAAUAGCAGCCUAUGUUAGCCUUCAGUGUGUAUCACAGUUUAUAUAUGAGCCUUCAGCACGUGCUCACACUGAUGUGUGUUCAACAAAGAUGCAGCACUCAGAUAUGCUUUUUUAUACAAGACUGAGCUUUUAAGCAAAACUCGUUAAGAGUUGAUCAGUUGUCAACAGUGUAUAUGAAAUAUUUUGUUGAUAGUUGCAAAUAUAAAAAUACUUUUUUGUAUGGAUUCUUUUUUUUUUUCCCUCGGUUGUUUCUCCUCUGUCGUGAAUGAACACACUGGGAUGUGUUGGGUGUACAGAGACCUGUGAGCUGUGAGUGAUGCGUUACCUUGCAGGGCAAUCGGGUACUGAUUAGAUUCAGAUCCUGAAUCUGUGAAUCACGUGAACUUUUACCGUGGCCUGGAAAAAUAACCAGUGGCCUGUUUUGUUAACUUGACGUAUCUGAUCAUCAUAACUAAACCCAAUGAGAGUGAAUGUAAAUAUUUGAAGGGUAUUCAUUAACAAUCGCCAUCUCAAGGUACCUUAUAUUGUAACAUAAGGUACCUUGAGAUAGCGAUUGUUAUAUUUUGGUGCUAUUAAGAAAGCUGAGAUUGACUUAAGUGUAUUUAUUUAUUUUGUCCACCAAAGAAGAAGAAUGACUGAAUGCAAGACACUACUGUGGCAAACUGCUUAGUUAGUGAGAUGUGAUCAGAAGAACAUGUUUGUUUUGUUGUAUGAUAGCACAACAUCAUCUUACAUUCAUUAACCAACCACUGAAGAAAAAUAUCUCAGGAUCAUGGGUCCACAAAGUGUCCUUUCAAAAUAAAGAAUCAGAGUGCUCCUGUGCUGUGAGUCCUCACUUUACUAAUUCACUAAUUCCAGGUGAGCCUGAAAAUAAGUUUCAUUUAGAAGAGCUCAGGCUGGGAAUAUCAGCUGUAUCUUUUAGUAAAUGACCGACCUGAGCGUUUUAUAUCAGUACAUUUGGCUGCUGGAUUAGAUGUGUGAUACACUUCCAAUGACUGUCCCGUUUCAGACAUUGCAAUAAACAGACUGAUGUUUCAAAUUUGUGUGCACUGUAUGCUGAAGUUAACAGAAGGCUCGGCUGCUUAAUGAAACCGACCGUAACAUCUUUCACAGUAUACUAUAAAUGCAGUGUUUUAAAUAGUCAAGGAUGAAUGCUAUGGCCUUAAAAAGUAAAAAUGAAUUUCUUAUGAUUUUUACAUGUUAAGUGCGUAUGAAAUACCUCUUCAUAUACAACACAGCUGUGUG